AGCGGACGGCCGAUGAGGAGUCACUGGACGGAGAGGGGCCCGGCGGCGCGGACGCGGCGGAGGACAGCAGCAGCACAAAGAGGGACGGGCAGACCCCUCGGGCCUCCGGAGCCCCCGCACCACCCAGAGGGCUACCGACACCGUCCCCACCGCAGGGCAGCCCCCAAGACCAGCACCACUUCCUCAGGUCCAGCGUGCGUCCACAGAGCAAGAGGCCCAGGAAGGACGCGCCCUGCGCUGUGGGCACUGGUGGUGCCAGUGGUUCCGGGCCGCGCGGAAAAGGAGGUGACGGCGCAACAUCUUCUGGAAACAUAUCUGUGGUUGCUCCUGCCACCCCUGCAGGAGGUUCUCGCUCCUCUUCCCGGAACUUAGGAUCUUCAGGGCCUGAGAAGGAAGAAGGAAAGAAGGUCCGGAGACAAUGGGAGUCAUGGAGCACAGAGGACAAGAACACCUUCUUUGAGGGACUAUAUGAGCAUGGAAAAGACUUUGAAGCCAUUCAGAACAACAUUGCUCUAAAAUACAAGAAGAAGGGCAAACCUGCAAGCAUGGUGAAGAACAAAGAGCAGGUCCGGCAUUUCUACUACCGCACCUGGCACAAGAUUACCAAGUACAUUGACUUUGACAAUGUGUUCUCUCGAGGGCUAAAGAAAUCAUCCCAGGAACUCUAUGGUCUUAUCUGCUAUGGAGAGCUACGAAAGAAGAUCGGGGGUUGUAUGGAUGACAAGAAUGCAACAAAGUUGAAUGAGCUCAUUCAGGUUGGGGCCACCACAGUACGUUAUAAAGGGAGAAAUCUGCGGAUCAAGGCACCCAUGUGUCGAGCCCUAAAGAAACUCUGCGAUCCAGAUGGUCUAAGUGAUGAAGAGGACCAGAAGCCAGUGCGCCUACCCCUGAAAGUUCCUGUAGAACUUCAACCACGGAACAACCAUGCCUGGGCACGAGUACAGAGCCUGGCCCAGAACCCACGUCUCAGGAUGAUUGUGGAGCUACAUCGAAAAGUCUCUAGUCUCAUUGAGUUCUUGAAGCAGAAGUGGGCACUCCAUGAAGUGCGAAUUCGGAAGACACUUGAGGAGAGGCAGCUGCAGGGCUCAAGCACAGCACAGACCCAGGAGAAGGUGGCAUUGCACUUGUUCCCAGGCGAGAAUUGUACACUGACACCACUGCCGGGCGUGGCCCGUGUGGUUCACUCCAAGGCCUUCUGCACUGUACACUGGCAAGAGGGUGGCCGGUGCAAGCAGGGCACCAAGGACACACACUCGCUGCCUCCAGCCCAGAUCCUGGGCAUCCAGAGUGGUCAGGGAAUAGCCCGGGGCCAAGUGAAGUGCCAGAGGGGCAGUGCUGAAGGCAAGGGUGGGAGCCGGCUCCUUCCUAAUGCAGAUGCUUCACAGAGUUCAGGGGAGAGUUCCCCCGAGAGUGCUCCUGGAGAGGGGGCAGUUCCAAGUCUGAGCAGCUCGGAUGCCCCUGACAGGCCUCCUCAUGGGCACCAGGACUCUGGCCCACAGCUUGAGAAGACUCCUUUAGCAGCCCUUGCAGUAGGUGGGGACAGCCCCAUUCAAGAAUCUGGGACCCUGCCAUGUUCCUGCGGCCAUCCCCCAGAUUUGGAAGAUGAACUCUCACUCCUUGACCCUUUUCCCCGAUACCUGAAGUCUUGCCAGGAUCUCAUCAUUCCAGAGCAGUGCCGCUGUGCAGACACACAGUCUGGGAGAGAGCACCCUCUGGGCAGGGUAGCUUCCCCAGAGGCCCUCAUGCCUAGCAGCAAAGAGGUUGCUGACAGUGGUCCCCCUGGCCUGGACCCUCAAACUGGCACCGAUCCUCAACUUGACCCCAGGCUUCUGCCAGAUAUUUGUACUAAAGAGCUGGCAGAUGUAUCUCCUGAAGAGGCCCAGGAGAAAGGGAGCACCUCAGAACCUCUGUUGUCUCAGGGACAGCCUGCUGCCAGGCCUUCAAAGGAAGUCCCUGCCACCCAGCUGGCCCAGCAGCUGCGUGAAGAGGGCUGGAGCUUGCAGACCUCUGAGAGCCUCACUCUGGCUGAAGUCUACCUCAUGAUGGGCAAGCCAAGCAAGCUGCAGCUGGAGUAUGACUGGCUGGCUGUGCUGGGCCCUGAGAACCAGGCGCCCACAGCACAGAGCCAGACUGUCCUACCCCGUUCUCCACCCUCAGCCCUCCACCAGCAGCGCCUCCUUAACUGCCUCCUGAGGCUUAUCUCCACUGAAGUCCACCCCAAGAUGGCUUUUGAAGCAAACACAGCAUCAACAGCCCCAGUCAGGCCCACCCAGGAGGAACAGUCUACAACCCCCCCAGGGAAGGUAGUGACCAUCAGCUCUCGGAGUCCCCGCUGCUCUCGAAACCCAUCAGCCCUCCGAAGCAGCAAGACUUUCCCAUCUGGUUCUGCACCUUGUUCCCCAGGUUUGAGAAAUCCCCCAAGGCCUCUUUUGGUGGCUGGUUCCUCCAGCACAGGAAGUGGUGACUCAGAUGGUGGCCUCUUUGCUGUCCCAACGACUUUGCCACCCAAUAGUCGACAUGGAAAGCUCUUCUCUCCCAGUAAGGAGGCGGAACUGACUUUUAGGCAGCACCUGGACUCCAUCAGCAUACAGUCAGACUUUUUCUCACCAAAGCCCAAGAAACUACGGAAACGGCACUUACGAAAGCCACUGGUGGUCCAGAGGACACUGCUCCCUAGACCCUCUGAAAACCAGUCCCACAAUGUGUGCUCCUUCUCCAUCCUGUCUAAUUCUCCUAUAGCCGGCAGAGGCUGGUUUCGGCCCAUCCAGUCUUCUCUUACCAAAGCAGCUCUGUCUCGACCAAUAGUGCCCAAGGUCCUCCCAUCUCAGGCCACCAGUCACCUGCCCAGUGCCAUCGACUUAGCAGCUCAAAGUGCUGGCAUCAUCCCUGAAAGUCCUUUGCCAGUUUUAGAUACCGAUGGUUCAUCUGGCAUUUCUGCACUGUCUUCAGAACAAGUAACCACUGCCAUCUCGGGGCAGAGUGACACUGGACCACACCAGAACAGAGACCCUGUUACUUCCGUAAGGGGCAAUAGUGACCCCUUUAUCAGCGUUCCAAGACCAGAGCAGGAGCCAAUGACAGACGGUUUCCAGGGAUCAUCUGUUCUGUGCUUACCUGAGCUGCCCAAGGCUCAUCUCCAGAAUGGCCUUUCCACACCUUUACCCUCAUCAGAGAGCUCCAGCACCAGGCUUUCCCCACCCAAUGUUUCUGCACUGCUGGACAUAUCCCUACCUGGCCCACCUGAAGAUGCUCUCUCACAGGGAGAACCUGCCACACAGAUCAGUGACUCCAUCAUUGAGAUUGCCAUCAGCUCUGGCCAGUACAGUGAAGGAGUCCCUCUUUCUCCAGCAAAACUGAAUGGCAGUGACAGUUCCAAGAGUCUUCCCUCCCCAUCCAGCAGCCCCCAGCCCAACUGGAUUGCCUCUCCCACUCAUGACCCACAGUGGUACCCUAGUGACUCCACAGAUUCCUCCCUCAGCAGCUUGUUUGCCAGCUUCAUAUCUCCAGAGAAGAGCAGGAAGAUGCUACCAACUACUGUUGGGGCCAACAGCGGCACAUCUUUGCUUGGUCCUAGCUUGUUGGACGGAAAUUCAAGGGAUUCUUUUGUGUCCAGGUCUCUUGCUGAUGUUGCAGAAGUGGUAGAUUCCCAGUUGGUGUGCAUGAUGAAUGAAAACAGCAUUGACUACAUAUCUCGAUUUAAUGACCUGGCCCAAGAGUUGUCCAUCAAUGAGCCUAGCCGCCGAGAAGUUCUUUUUGAUGGUGGAGGAGGUGGUAAUCCUGUUGGUGACCUCUCUCAGUGACUGUGCCUUGUGACUGUGACAUGGGCAUCCUGGAAUCCACAAGGGAAGUCUACAGGGCUGGCCCAUGAAACUGUCUUCACAGAGAGAGUCAAGCCCAGAAUCCCCAGGAGACAGUGAACCAGAGCACCUCUAACAGCAUACGAUAUGCAGCCCAUAGGAGCUGAUCAUGGCCUGUCCCCAACAAGCAGGAGCAGUACCAUACACAGAGGCCUUCUCAGAGAAUGAGCUCUGAGAAGAGUAGACAUCAGAAAUUCUUUUGGUAUCAGAGUCCUUACAGUCCUGUUGCCUGUGUGGCAGUCCCCAACUGUAUGACUGCCUGUUAAACCUUCCAGAGGGUGGUCUCCUUGCAAGAGACAUGCCUGGUGUUCAUUUUUGUCUUGGGAGCUGUUAGUUAGCCUGUGUGCAGGGAGGCCACAGCCACUGCUGCUUUCUUCUGAUAUCCUUUUCUCCACUUGGCUGUUCUGUCUUAUGGGUCUUGCUUGAUGGUUUCUGCGAGCUAAUACACUUCCUGGAUAUCUUGACCAUGAAGCAGAAAAGGGUCCCAGAGUCAGGUAGCUAGCAGAGGUUUGGUUCUUCCUGGCGUAAGAAGGGUGAAAGAAAGUAUGUCUUGCAGGUUGUAUGGGUGUUUUAUAGGAUCUUACAAAGCUGGUUGAAAAUGGUUUUCUUGUGGUUUAAGAAUUGGGAGACAUGGACAAGGAAUAGUAAGAGUCUUUUAUCUAAGUGGUUCUGCUCUCUUCCUAUGCUAAAUGCCCAGUUCUUUCUAGGUGACCUAAGAUACCAUUCUUCUCUGCUUACUUGCCCCCCACCCCCCCCACCCCGCCCAACCAAUCCAUUGCUAUUAUCUACAGCUAAAGCUUUUGUGCGUGCUCUAAUUUUUCAUGUGUUACUCCUGGUGUCUGAGGGUUGUCUUUGCCCCAGGCUGCCUCUCUUCCUGUUCUGGGACGUCUGAAGCAGGGUUCAGAUGUCAGUGUGGUGAGAGCUCACCACUUGGUGGUAUUUUAGCAGCUUUCUUCUAGAGCCCAGCGGUGGUCAGCAGUCAUGAUUGUGGCUAACCUGUUUAGAAUGGUUCCAACAAGAGUUUCAUCCCCUUCCUUUGCCCUCAGUAGAUCCUUGCAACACAGUCACUCCUGCUAGACCCCAUAUGUUCUGGGUGAACAGGUGACACCAUCUCACUGCUUACUCUCCACACAGCAGCCAAGGCUGACAGGUUCUUUUCUUUCUUUUUCUUAAAUUUUUUCUUUUCUCUUCUCUUCUCUUCUCUUCUCUUCUCUUCUCUUCUCUUCUCUUUUCUUUUCUUUUCUUUUCUUUUCUUUUUGUAUAUCCCUGCCUGAUUGUUCUGUAACUCAAUCUCUAGACCAGGCUGGCCUGGAACUCAUCUCUGCUUCCCAAGUGCUAAGAUUAAAGGCAUGUGUCACCACAUCUGGCUUGACAGUCCUGAAACUGCCACCUCUGCUCUCUACCUGUUCUCUCCUUAUUUGCAGAGUAGUCCUUAAGACCAGCUCAGGCCCUUCCUCUGUCUGUCUGCAAUGAAGAAAGGGUUGGAAACCUCCCUGGUGGGACACUGAUCCAGUUGUCUCACCAUCUACUACAAACCUUAGAAUACAGGCUCCACUGCAGGAACUGAGAGGAUAGGUGACUCUUGACAGCAAAUUUCUUCACCUCCUAGGAUCCUCCUGUCCCUGGUGCUGGUAAAGGACUGGCCCCAGAUCCUGGCGUAUAAAAACCCCUAGGUCUGGUAAGUCUAAAACUCUUAGAGGAUGAGGAGAGCAGCAAUCAGUCUGUUAGGAAAGACUGGUGAAGUCACUAGUGUGUCUUUACCCAAUCAUGUGUUUGCAGCACUGCCUUACUUAGCUCAAGUUAUUUAGGUCUUGGGACAGUAGCACAGUUACGAUAUCAGGCUCAACUCAGGCCAUUGCUAGCUGCCCUUCCACUGUUUCAAGCAGACUCUCCCACAUUAAGUAUAGGUGCUUGUAACAUCCUGGUAACUGAGCAUAUAUAGUACUAGGCAGUUCAGUGCCUGAACUGAUUCCCACUGGGCAAUCAAUGCCUUGAGGCACACAUUACUCUGUGUCUUCUAGAAGGAAUUGAGGUUGCCUUGAGGAGCAGAGCCUACAGCCCUUGUCACCUAGCAUCAGGCAGGAGUGGAAUGGCCUGACUCGUUACUACGGGGAAACUGGCAGGAUUCCAGAAUAUUCCACUGCUUUUUUAACAGGCAGGCAGACACAUUUGCUCAUCAUCACCAUAUUAAUCACUUGUAGCAGAAAAUCAAUGGGUAUAACUUCUCCCAUCCUAAUCAAAUAUCCAUACAUAAAACUGAAAACUGUUAAAGGUUGGAGAUUUUUAAAAACAGCAAGGAAGCCUCCUGGGUUCUUCGUCUUUCUCUGCCUUUCCUUCAGUUUUGAUGGUUCAUGUUCACCUAGGGCUUCCAAUGUGCAUGGGAACUUAGUGUGAUAAACAUGAGAUCUGUUUUACACACACACACACACACACACACACACACACACACACACGGUCUCUGUGGCCUUGGCUAUCCUUGAACUCACAGAUAUUCGACAGCCUCUGCCUCGUAUAUUCUGUGAUUAAAGUCAUGCGCCACCACCGCCCAGCUGAGAACAUUUUUUUGUUAAUACUAAUGUCUUAGACUUUUUGUUGAUUGUCUUUUCAAAAGAUUGAGAUGCAGUAUCUCUGGUGCUUGGCGUGGAUUGUGUCCUAUAGAAGAUGCUCAGGCAAGUUGAAGUUCAUAUAUCCUGUAAAGGCAUAGUGUACUUGCUCAGGGAAUAUGACUUUGGCGACAUUUCAUCUGUUGGUCAACCUUUUUUCCCCACCCUGUUCUUUUUUCAUUCCUUGUGGCCUCACUGCUAGGGGAAGUCUCAUUCAAUUUAAUAGCAUUUUAACCAGACCACAUUAUUAGAAAUGGUCAAAACAAGUUUAGAGAGAAAUUGUUUCAUGUACUUUUUAAACAGAUCUGCCAGAUGCAUUCAUGAGGAAAUACCAUACUUUGUCUUAAUUUAAAAAAAAAAAAGGAAAAAUCAAUUUUAAAGACAUAAAAAAAGGAAAGAAACCCACAGAGGAUACUGUUCCAAGAGGAUAGCCUGAUGAGGUCAGUCCAGUUUUGGAAGCACUGCACCAGUCCAAAGCCUUACUAGUUAGUAAAAUACGCUGGCAGGAGGGGCGCAGCCGGCAGGCAGAACUCAGUGCUGUUUGCUUUGAUAAUCGUUAAGCCAUAUCAUCUGAGGUUUCCGGCUUGAGAUGUGAAUUUGUUUUAUAGACUAUAAAUAUACAGUGUAUGUAUAAAGCAGAAUGCCUGUCCUUCUGAUUAUUUUUUGUACCAUAUUGUAAAUUACAUUAUUUAUUCUUUACCAAUUUUUUGGGAAUAAAAGGUGUUUUGGUUAUUUAAUAUAAUAAACAAAAACUGUUAAACUUCAGCCAAAAUUUCCAGUUCAGCUUGUAAAUGUUUUUAUUGUGCAUAAAUACAUACUAAUACUUGAUCUAA